AUGUCCGCCCUCCUGUGGACAGCAAGAUAUGGAAUACUUAACACCACCUUGUACUCGUUAGAUGCGAGUUGUGGGGUCUUGAAUGCAAUCGACACUAUUCACCAGGCGCUCCCAUUAGCAGUUCGAAGGAAGCAUACAGCUGUGGCACGAAUACUCCUAUCCCAAAAAAGAGUCGACGUGGAUAUCCAACAUCAGGAGAACCAAUAUCAGAAGACCCAAUAUCUUUAUCAGGAUCAAUAUCAGGAGCUCCAUCGAAAGACACAUUAUCAAUUUGGUGCAACGCUCUUAGCAAUGGCAGCUCAGUCCGGAAAAGUGGAGAUUGUCAACUUCCUCCUCUCAAUGAAAGAUAUCAAUCCCAAUUUGGGGGAUGAGUCAGGACUUUCGCCUAUAGCCUACGCUGGCUGCAAUGACCAACAUGCCGUGAUUAAGGUAUUGCUCGACGCACCAACUGUGGAUCCAAACUUGAAAGACUGCGCAGGCCGCAAGGAAGGAUGGACCCCUCCCAUGGCCGCUGUAAAUAGAAAAUCCACGAAGCUUGUGGAGCUGCGUCUUGAUAUGCCUGGUAUCGAUGCAAAGCAUAAGUGCUGCUAUGGGAAGACAGCAUUGCACCUCGCGGCUACCGAUGGAUCGGAGGAUAUCGUGCAAUUAUUACUUGCGAAAGGGGUAAACACUGACCCUAAGGAUUAUUAUAAUUGUACACCCCUAGUGAACGAUACAUCCCGUGGCCACCUACCUAUUGUGAAACUACUGUGUGAAGCUGGAGCUUGCGCAAACACCGAAACUGACACCGGUGAUACGCCAAUCCUUGUGGCCUUCUAUAGAAAACGCGAUGAUAUAGUUCGAGUUCUGUUGGAGAUAGGUAGGAUGAGCCCGGCUUCUCCAGGCAAAGGAACCAAAAAAAAAAAAAAAAAAAAAAAAAAACCUCGUUCUUUGGUGUCGGCUGCUGGGCUCCUUUCUCGAUCGAGCAAACACUGGACAGGACAGAAUCCAGUAUAUCAUGAGUCCAUGACCCAAAAGCUCGCCAUCCUCGUGUUACAAAUAUUUGUCUAUCUUUAA